CACUAAAAUUAGAUAAGACUAUAAACUUGGGAAGGCUCUUCUAUUAUUUUUCAUGGAUAGGAAUGUACCCGCUUAAAUCUGCCUCGUUGUUGGGAGUCCUUUACGGAUAAAUUUGGGGGAUGAAAUACAUCGGCUUCUCUGCAUAUAAUGAGCUGAGAGUCUCUCAAUUGCUCUGCAUGGCUAUCCUCUUACUUCUUAUGAUAUGGGCUUCCACUGGGAAAGGUUUAUUGGCUCAGAAAUUGGUUAACUUUUUCGACAUUUUCUAUUUAGAGCUGUAGAGUCUUUUAAUAAUUUAACUUUUGAGCUUGAAAUUUCUCAUAAUAUGUAAUUAGUUGAAAAAGAAGAAAAUCGAUCCAUAACUCUGAAAUUUGAAAGAAGGAAGCUGAAAUAAUACUAGCUGCGAAGAAAGGCAUGAUUCAUAAUUUAUAGUUCCAAAUUUCUCCAUUUUUAU